GGUGGCGUUGGAAGCUGUUUGGCUGAGAGUGAAAAACGUCUGCAAACAAAAUGGCCUCCUCAUCAUGUCCGUGCUGGCCGUGGUCAUCGGGUGCCUCCUGGGAUUCUUCCUCAGGACGCGCCGACUCUCCGAGCAGGUCACGACCUCCGCCACGCACUCCCGACACAUUCGGUUCAGCAACUGUGGUCCCCACCCUUCCAUUCAAGUACUUAUUAUUUGCACACCCGCACCCAUUCGUCAACGGGGUGGUGUCCUGAUGGACUUUCCCGAUCGGAAACUAAUUGUCAACGAGACUGGGCGCUGGCGGUGGUGACGCAGUUUCCCAAUCUGAACGUAAUCGCCGACGAGGCGGGUGGUGGCGGUGGCGAUGUAGUUUCCCGAUCUGAAGCUAAUCGCCGACGAGGCGGGUCGUGAUGGAGGUGACGUAGUUUCCCGAUCGGAAACUAAUCGUCAACGAGACAGGUGGUGGCGGUGGUGAUGUGGUUUCCAGAUAAGAAGCUAAUCGCCCACGGGGGUGGCUGCGUUAUUUUAUCUAAAAGCUUUACGCAAAAUACCAAUACAAAAUAUGCAUGUGACGUGCAGGUAUUAUUUUUUUCCCACUUGGGGUCACCAUCCUCACGUUCUAAACUGUAGCAUCUGUGAAUGUGGGUCACGGAGUCAGCGAACAUGAUUACCGUUAGCUGGUCUGCGCGUCAAGUGACCCGUCGGCCGCCUGUGAACGAACGUGCAGAUUACGCAUUUGUUUUCUUACCGUUGGUUCAAUAAAGCGAUUGAAAGAUUGUUUCCAUCUUCCCUCUAUCCAAACUACCUGUUAUGGAUUAGUCAUUCUAAAUAGCGGUGGUGUCCUGUUUUAAAUUAGCUAACAAUAUUUAUUUUACUGUGGACGUGCAUUUGUCUCAGGCAGUUCUGCUUUGCAUUACACACGUUGUACUUCUCGUCUUUUUGAAAUUUCAAUUUUGCGUUUUAGUUUAUUUUGUUAAGAGUGAAAUGAUCCCAAACUUGGGACAUUCUCCGUCUUUUUACGAACUCUUUCCUCGUCGUUUGCCAGCGGCGCAUGGGAUGCGGAAACAUUUCUCAGCUUGAUGGAGCUGAAGUCAACAAAAUGCUGCCGUGCCCAAAAUAACCGCCGCCGACGGUUUAGGGUUGUGCUCCAAUCGAAUAAUUGCGUUCCAUAAUUGUAUACACGGCAACAAAACACGCGUGCGUGUGUGUCCGUGUGCGGGAUUACCGCCGAACCAUAGAAAAGGACUUUGACAGCUCUUCACGCAAAGCUGUUUGUGUGUGUUUGUCUUUGAGUUUUGUUUGUAAAUGGGUUGUUGUUUGUGUGUGUUUGUCUUUGAGUUUUGUUUGUAAAUGGGUUGUUGUUUGUGUGUGUUUUGUAUAUUUCGUUUGUUCGUAUGUGCUCGUGUACGUGUUAGUAUGUUUGUGUGUGUGCGUAUUCAUGUGUGUGUGUGUGUUUGUGUACACGUGCGUGUAUUUUUGUUCUCGUAAAAGAAUGUUUUUAUAACUGUGUUUGUGUGUACGUGUGUUCUAUAAAUAGUGGAGUUGCAUGAGUGUGUGUGUUUUCAUGUAUGCAUGAGUGCAUGUAAAUGUGUAUUAGUAAAAGUGUGCGUGCAUCUGCAUGUGAACGUGUGUGUGUGUGUGUGUGUGUGCGUGCGCGUGUGUGAGUAUUUUCACUGGCUGCCGAUCUUGCUCUCACACAACAAAACUAAGCCGCGGCCGCUUAAUGCCCGCCAGAAAAGCUCUUCAGCGGCCGUCCAUUAGGCCACCUCCUCCUCCUCCGCUUCCUCCUCGUCCUCCUCGUCCCCCGCCACUUUCCUCCUCGCGUCGCCUCGACUUCCUUGACGUUGGCCACGAUGCCAAUGUUCCCUGGCUGUCUACGUGGCAUACGACAUGGCAACCUGUCAUGUGGUCAAACAAGAGAUGGUCGCCAGUCAAUGUCACAAUGUCGGCCUCGACUGUGGAGUUUGCAUGUUCUGCCCGUGUCUGCGUGGGUUUGCUCCGGGUACUCCGGUCUAUCUGGGCGCUAGCUUCAUUGAGGACUCAAAAUUGCCCGAAGUGAAAUAUUUCCAGUUUCCUGGUGAGCUGCUGAUGAGGAUGCUGAAGAUGUUGAUUCUGCCUCUCGUCGUGUCCAGUUUGAUGUCGGGCCUGGCGGCGCUGGAUGCCAAGUGCUCUAGUCGUCUGGGCCUGAUCACCGUGUCCUACUAUCUGUGGACCACCUUUGUGGCCGUCGUCGUGGGCAUCUUCAUGGUGUCCAUCAUCCACCCGGGCGGCGCCGCCCAGAAGGAGGACUCGGAGGACAGCGGCAAGCCCAUCAUGAGCUCGGCGGACGCGCUGCUCGACCUCAUCCGAAACAUGUUCCCGGCCAACCUGGUCCAGGCUACCUUCCAACAGUAUCGGACCAGCAGCGAGUACACCCUACAGACCAAGGCCACGCCGGAGUCCGGCACGCCGCGACCGCUCAUCUACGGCAUCCGGGACGACAACGGGAGCGACGUCCGCAACUUCUCGCUGGACCUGACUCCGCCUCCAAACGUGCUCGUAAGAACCCAGGAGGGAACCAGCGACGGCAUGAACGUCCUCGGCAUCGUCAUUUUUUCAGCCACCAUGGGUAUCAUGCUGGGCAGGAUGGGUCCGAACGGGAGCGCCUUGGUCAACUUCUGCCAGAGUUUGAACGAGGCUGUGCUCAAAAUAGUCGCCAUUGUUAUUUGGUACUUUCCGUUCGGGAUCGUGUUCCUGGUGGCGGGCAAGAUCCUGGAAAUGAGCGACCCGUCGGCCAUGGGCAAGAAGUUGGGCUUCUACGCCGUCACGGUUGUCUUCGGCCUGGUGCUCCACGGCCUCUUCAUCCUGCCCUCCAUGUACUUCUUCAUCACCAAGAAGAGUCCCAUCGUCUACAUCCGCGGAAUCCUCCAGGCGCUGCUCAUCGCCCUGGCCACCUCGUCCAGCUCGGCCACGCUGCCUAUCACCUUCAAGUGCCUCCUGGAGAACAACCACAUCGACCGGCGCAUCAUCCGCUUCGUGCUGCCCGUGGGCGCCACCAUCAACAUGGACGGGACCGCGCUCUACGAGGCCGUGGCCGCCAUCUUCAUCGCGCAGGUCAACAACUACGAGCUGGACUUCGGACAGAUCAUCACCAUCAGCAUCACGGCCACGGCCGCCAGCAUCGGCGCAGCGGGCAUCCCCCAAGCGGGCCUGGUUACCAUGGUGAUCGUGCUGACCUCCGUGGGCCUGCCGACCGACGACAUCAGCCUGAUCAUCGCCGUGGAUUGGGCGCUAGACCGCUUCCGCACCAUGGUCAACGUCAUGGGCGACGCCCUGGCCACCGGAAUCAUGGCGCACAUUUGCAGGAAGGACUUCAUCAAGGAGGGAGACGGGGUGCCGCUCAUCUGCGAGAGCCGCCCCGGCGCCGUCCCGGCGCCUCCGCUCGCGAACUGUCACAACACCAACGGCAACUAUCGCCUGCCGUUCACGCACGCGGCGGUCCCGCCCGACGUGGCGCGCCUCAUGCGGUUGGAGGAGGGCGUGCGGCCGCCGCCCGACACGAGGAAGCCCCGUGUCCCCCCGCGACACCCAAAGAAGAACAAAGACCACUGCGCGGUGGACAUGAACGGUCUGGAGACCAACGUGUGACGAGCGCAACUCGAAGGGUGGGGACAUCCGCCGCUCCUCUGUCUUUGUUCCCGUUUCCAUCGAGGGAAGUCCAGAAGAACACGUGUUGUUCUCCAGGUGGACCGGAACCAGGAGCAGAACCCGACUCCUGCUGCUGCUGCUGUGAGGACGGAGCUUGCGGAUCCAUGAGGGACAAAGUCACGUGUUUGAUUCUGCCUUAAGACUCGUGGAGCUGCGGCACGCUCACCAGUCCAGCGCACUGUUGAUCUGCCGUCCAUCCAUCCGUCCAUCCACCAAUAUCUCCGUCUGUGGACUGGGAAUGCCACCGUGGUGGUUCAGGAAAGUCUGGACAUCAGACUUUAGUCACUUCAGGCCGGAGCUGGCUAACAGUUAGCAAUUGAGCACCAACUAAAAUGUUCAUUGGUGAACAAGGAAAAAAAAAAAAAAAAAGUUAACACGGGUGGCACGGUGGACGACUGGUUAGCACGUCUGUCUCACAGUUCUAAGGUUGUGGGUUCAAAUUCGGCCCCGCCUGUGUAUGCUCUCCUCGUGCCUGCGUGGCUUUUCUCCGGGUACUCCGCUUUCCUCCCACAUCACAAAAACAUGCACCGUAGGUUAACUGAAGACUCUAAAUUGCCCGUAGGUGUCAAUGUGAGUGCGAUUGGAUGUUUGUUUCUACGUGCCCUGCGAUUGGCUGGCGACCAGUUCAGGGUGAACCCUGCCUCCUGCCCAAAGUUAGCUGGGAGAGGCUCCAGCAUACCCGCGACCCGAGCGAGGAUAAGCAGUGAGAAAAUGAAUGGAUGGAACUUAACAUAGCUGAAUGGCAAUUUUUGAUGAUGUCAUCAGGGCAUUGAAUCGAUCGCAAGUGGACCGAAGAGCGCAGCGAUCGAGUCAGCGCCCUGAGAGUGGAACGAACUGGAUGGAUGAGAUCAUUCACAGGCAUCGCCGUAAGUUCAUUGCACUUCCUAGGCCCUAGAGGGGAUUGAUAUGAUAUGCUGUGAUCUCCUCCAUCCAUCUCUCAGCAUUGUUGGAAAAUACUGACGCUAAUAACCAAAAAAAAAAAAUGGACUUUUAUGUGCAUGUCUUUAUUUUUCACAUCUUGUUAAGGUCUCAAUAUUAAAGGAGUAUGUUUUGAAGUAUAAAAAAAUAGAAAUAUUAUUUUGCGUCUGUUACAUCCUGUCCAUGAUGUCAACUAUUCACUCGCUGCAUCAUUAAAAGUGAUGAAAAAUAUAGAAACGUCGACUUUCA